GUAACAACAUAUAUAGGCAUGGUGCUGAACACCCAGGAGCAGCUUCUUAAACUUGAAGCAGCAAAUCCUGAAAAACUUGUAUCGUAUGGGAACGCAGUGCUGAACACGACAGAAAAACUGGUGUCUACACUGGUGACGCCAACAGAAACCAGCUACAAUCUUAGCAUCUCUCUUAAGGGCUUAGAUCUUCAAGUCUUUGCAGUUGGACCAAACGCUUCAAUGAACAAAAUUCCUCAGCUCAGUCUGGGCAGCACUCAGAUGGAAAUUGACCUCAUCCAGAUUUCAAAGAAUAAUAACGGAUCUGCUGCUGUGGCCUUCAUGAGUUACAGUAACAUGAACAGCAUGCUGAAGCCCAGUUUCUUCAACACAACUGAUAACGACACAGUGAAAACCAUGAUGUCCACUGUGGUGUCGGCUACGCUGCCCAAAACCAGCGACACUCGACUCACCAAACCAGUCAACUUCACCAUGAAGCACAUUAAAGAAACGGAUCCUAAUGGUACUCUCUCCUGUGUGUACUGGAAGAACACUGAAUGGGUUGUAGAUGGUUGUUAUCUUGUCCAGACCAACAGUACUCACACCGUGUGCUCCUGUGUUCACCUGUCUACCUUCGCUCUCAUCAUGCAGACCAAACCCUCAGCAGAAACAAGUGACUCUCUUCUAGAGCUGCUCAACACUGUACUGGUAUCAGUGGGGCUGGUGUUCCUCAGCUUGACUCUGUUGACUUUCGCUGUUUGUCGUCGACACCUGAGGAUGAACAACACUCCCAGAAUAAACCUGUGUAUCAGUCUUCUGCUGGCUCACCUGAUCUUCCUCCUCACUCAGAAAUUCAUACACUAUAUCCAGCCUCUACAGUUGCUCUGUGCAGUGUUAGCAGGAGUUCUGCACUUCUUCUUCCUCUCUGCUUUUGUGUGGAUGUUGAUUGAAGCCGUGCUGCUCUUCAUCUCAGUGAAGAACCUCACCAAGAUCAGAUCCAAGCAGAAGGAGGUGCUCGGCUGGAAAUGUUUGAUUAUAAUUGGAUAUAUUAUUCCGCUGGUUGUGGUGGGCGUGUCUGUUGGGCUGUUUCCUGGUGGAUACGGCAGUGAAAAAUGCUGGCUUAAGAUGGAAAGAGGAUUUAAUUACAGUUUUCUGGCACCUGUGUGUGUAAUUCUUUCUGUUAAUGUGAUCAUCUUUGUCGCCAUUCUUUUCAUGAUGAGAUCUGCCCUGGCAGCACUGAACAGUAGCCAUUCCCAGAUCAAUCAAACCAAGAUUCUUGUUUUUAAAAUGCUGGUUCAGAGCGCCAUCCUCGGUUGCCCCUGGAUUCUGGGUUUGUUUAUAAAUGGCAGUCCGGUGUUGGAGAUGGUCUUCAUCUUCCUCAACUCCCAGCAGGGAACCUUCAUCUUCCUGGUCUACUGUGUCCUCAACCAAGAGGUCAGACAGCAAUAUAGAAAGUGGGCAAGCUCAUGUUGUGUCUGCAAGAAAUGAGCUACAGCAACCAACCAGAAGAAACAUCUUAUUGAAGAAGCAUAUCAUUGGCAUUAACUGAACUAAACUCAUGACUACAGGAAUAAAAUAUGUAUAUAUUUCACGAUAAAUAUAAUAAAAAUUGCAUUCAACAAUAAAAAAGUCAGCAUUAGGGAGGUCAAGAUAUAUGAGAUGAUCAUCACCCUCAUCUCAUCCUAAGAAUUACAAUACUAUUUUACAUCAUUUUUUAUGUAUAUUUUAAUUAAUUUCUAUCUUAACUAAUUUUCAGUUCCAUUUUUGCAGUUAUCUUUCUUUCGUUUGGGUUUUCUUAACCCUUUUAGACCUGAAUUGUGUUCUAGUGGUUGAACAAUAUAAAAAUGCUAUAUCCUGACUGUAAUGCACACAAAAAAGGUUAUACUAGUCUAAAAUAAAAU